AUGUUUUUCCCGUUGUCAUGGAUCCUGGGAACUUCUGAAUGGAAUUUAAACCUCGUAGACUGCUUCUUUCGAGGUCUUGUCGGAGCGUGUGGAAUAUCGGUGCUGUGCAAUCUGAUGAGAGUGUACAACUUCAUUCAGACAUGCAUUGAUUCCGAGACAGAUAAUGGAGACGCACGUGAGUCGUCCUCAGCGGUAGGGAGAUUUAGAGCAGCUCUCCAGUUCUGGUCCCUGACUGUCCUCCUGUCUCUGGUGGGCUCCAGGGUUUCCUCUCUGAUUGUGCUGGAAUUUUCUCUCAGAGCUAUUGCUGCCUGGGCGUCAGCAGGACUGGAUGCCAGUGGAAGAGGUGUGGACUUGCUCCUCAUCCAGUGCCAGUUUUCCCUGGGCUGCAGCCUCACUUGUACUCUGGACUUCCUCCAUCAGGGGGCUCCACACAGCUCCCUCGGCCUGUUUCUGGCAGCUGCUCUCAGCUGGGCACUGGCAAACUACAGCCACGAUCUUUGGAACCAUGUGGCCAGACUCUACCCGCUACAUAGCAGAGAGCGUUACUGUGGGAAGUGCAUCACCCUCCUGACCUCUGGACACACCAUACUGGCUUCAUUGCAAAGAGCGGUUCUUAAGGCUUUCGCUGUAGCAGCUGUGGCCUCCACCGCUACAGUUUAUGACCACUUUCUGUCCCAGAAGGAUGCUCUGAAGUUCUGGACUCCACUGACGCUCUGUUACACUAUGUUGGUGGUCUACAUUCAAGAGGAACAGCAUCGACAGACUGGUCCUGAGGUCCUCCUGCACACUGUAGUGGUGCGACUGGGAGCCUUACUGGUGCUCAUGCUGACUGUGGGCACUUGGUCUGAUGUUCUUCAGGUUCUCACCACUUUUUUUGGAGAAGCAGUGUGUCUGCUGCCCUCUCAGGAUCUGCUGCAGGCCGUGCUAAAGGUCUGUUCUAGUUCAUGUGCUUUUUUGUCUGUUUUCUUAGCAUUUUUUUUCUUAUUGAGAGAAAUAAUGUGA